AUUUUCUUACGGUCUACAACUAGAGUCAGCCCUCAGCAGCAUAGGGAUAGGGCCACAAAACCCCAAAACCCAAAACCCAGUGAGGUCCAGCACCUGCUUCUGCUUCAGCCGUCUCAUUUCAAAAUGCAGCUGCACAGAUAAGGCAACACAGACAGAGCCGAACCCGCCGAGAAAACGGAAAUGGCGAACCUGAGAUCGGCAAUGGACGCGGCCUUCUGGGACUUCAACAUCGCCAGUCCUCAGAACCUGGACGGGUGCGCCCGUGCCGUGCCCGGUGGGCCCUUCCCUCUGGACGGCGCUAGAGCCGGCCGGGUUCUCAGGAUUCAGCAACUGGCGCUCCUCGGCAAUGGCUUCCCUCUGGGUAUCAUCCCUUCUUACUCUCCGCCCUCUCGGAAGGGGCUCGGUUCUUUCUCUCUACAGUCUGUCUUCUUCAAACAAGAAUUUUCCGACUGGUGGCUUGCAUUCAUUGGGCAGUUUCGUCCAAAGAAGCUGAUAUCCUCUAUUAAAGCUGAGCUGUCUGCUGGUGAUGAGUGGGAGGUGCCUGCUUUUAAAGAUGUGACCAAGCAUUUUUUUGACAAGUCACUUUUUUCACUGGGUCUAUGUUCACAAAUUCCUCUAACUUCUGCAUCAUCCUUACUGUUGAGUUUGGAGGGGCAUGGUGAGAGGAAGGGGUAUCGCACCAAAGCAAUGCUCUUUCACAAGCUUCCUCAUCAUGAUAUUACAAUGGAGGCAGCUUGGCCCGAGUUGUUUAUUGACCAUAAUGGAGGAUAUUGGGAUGUGCCUACAUCAAUAUCCUUAGAUAUGUCUUCCCUCGAUUCUGAAUCUGGAUUGCGAUACCGUCUUGGUAUACACAAAAGUAGUGGUGAUCCCCAGGCUAUUAACGCCACAAAUGGGAAGGUACCUUUUACUCUAAUGCCUGGAGUUUAUGCCAAAGCUGCCGCAUCUUAUGAGAAGAGCAAGGAUAUUUGGAGGCAAAAGGAAACACAAGAUGAUUUCAUCAUAAAGACGGACAAGGGUCAGUUCUGGCGGCCUUCAUAUGAUGUUUGUCUUCGGGAGCCUCAUGGAGCAAUAUCUGGAAUUAUUGGUGGCACCUGUGCAGCCUGGUUUGGCAGUGGGCAGAGCUCUCUAGCUGGUGAGACAACUGGAAAUGGGGACAUAAUUUCCAUGGGAGCUAAGAAGAGUUCUUUCAAUGCUGAUUUAUUUGGCUCAAUCUGCUGUACUUUCCAACAUGGGAAAUUUAGGAAGCUGUUUGGUGACCUAACCCGAGUAGAUGUUCGCCUGGACAUGUGUUCAGCUUUGGGUUUAGCCAAGAGGGUUUCCGGUGUUUUCAGGACCUCUACUGUUAGUGCAGAAAAUACACUAUCUUCACCCAGGCUCAAUUUGAUCUUCCAACAGCAGGUUGCUGGGCCACUUGUCUUUCGAGUUGAUUCCCAAUGUUUGCUCGAUUCUUCAUUAGGGAGAUGCGGCCCAUCACACAUUGAGGAUGUCAUAUACAGCCUCAGUUACUCCCUAAGGCUCCUUCGCUCUGGAAAAGUUGUGGCUUGGUAUUCCCCAAAGAGGAAAGAAGGGAUGGUAGAGUUGCGCCUAUUUGAGUUCUAACUUGUAUUGACCAUUUCAUGGUGAUCUUGUUCUUGUAUCGAACACCAAAACUUCAAUGAGAAAACAAAUUUUGCAUGGAUUUUAGGUGUGGAUUUUUUUCGGUAUUAGAAUAGUGUAGUUGUGCAGCAGAAGGUGGAAAAAGAGUCUUAAGGAAGAGAGUUCUUGUUGGGAUAAAUUUGGCUACUAAGGCCUUCUAGAGUCUAGCAUUCACAAUGUAUGAUCUUAGCAGGCUUCUCAAGUAUCUUGGCCUCCACAAUGUGUUAUGAAAUGGAUGAAGUAUGGCAUUUAGCAUGUUACCCAA